AUGAAUGGUGUGAGUUACCUCAGCAAAAACUUGGCCUUUACAAAUGGCAAUUAUGUCGCCUUUCAGAAUAUUCAGAAAAGGUUCUGCUUCCUAACCUGUGAUGCCGCCAGUUACCUCGGAGACAACCUGCGGGGCAUCGGGUCCAAGUUUCUCAGCUCCUCUCAGAUGCUCACCUCCUGCUCCGAGUGCCCCACGCUCUUCGUGGAUGCGGAGACCCUUCUUUCCUGUGGACUUCUAGACAAGCUCAAAUUCAGUGUUUUGGAGCUGCAAGAAUAUCUGGAUACUUACAACAACAGAAAAGAGGCCACUCUCUCAUGGCUUGCAAACUGUAAGGCGACAUUUUCAGGAGGAUCAAGAGAUGGCGUGAUUACCUGUCAACCAGGGGACUCGGAAGAAAAGCAAAUGGAAUCUCUUGCACAAUUGGAACUGUGUCAGAGACUCUAUAAGCUACAUUUCCAGCUGCUGCUGCUUUUUCAGUCCUACUGUAAGCUCAUCGGCCAGGUGCACGAAGUCAGCUCCAUGCCAGAGCUGCUAAAUAUGUCCAGGGAGCUGAGUGACUUAAAGAAAAACCUGAAGGAGGCCACGGCGGCCAUUGCAGCUGACCCUCUGUAUACAGAGGGCGCGUGGUCUGAGCCAACCUUCACGUCCACUGAAGCGGCCAUCCAGUCCGUGCUGGAGUGCUUGAAGAACAACGAACUUGGCAAGGCUUUAUGGCAAAUCAGGGAAUGCAGAAGUUUGUGGCCCAAUGAUAUCUUUGGAAGCAGUUCUGAUGAUGAGGUCCAGACACUACUGAAUAUUUAUUUCCGUCACCAAACUCUAGGGCAAACAGGCACUUACGCACUGGUGGGGUCUAAUCAGAGCCUGACCGAAAUCUGCACGAAGCUGAUGGAGCUGAACAUGGAAAUCCGGGACAUGAUUCGCAGGGCCCAGAGCUACCGGGUCCUCGCUGCUUAUGUUCCAGACUCCAGCGCCUCUGGCACUAGUCUCUGACAGGAGCCUCCCAUCCCCCAUGGGUCCCAAGCUGGGGGUGCUGUCAUGCUGGAGUGACGUCAUUCAGUGUCUUCUCAGCCUUCAGAAGACUUGGUCAAACUGUCCUCCCUCUCGUUACCUGUAGGACUUUUUCUAAAGAAGAUGGCAGAACUUCCCAUGUGUAGCGAUAUUCUAAGAAGCAAGGUAGCCGAGAAUAUUCUGGGACAGACUCCACCGCCCAUCAUGCUGUGUGGCACAAAUGUGUUAUCAUUUUACUGAGCAAAUGCAACUCACUACUGAAGAAGUGACUUCCUUUGCAUACCAAAGCUGACUACACUGAACAAUACCUUCCUUUCUAGAAAUAAUUUUAGAUUGGCAAAAGUGCAAUGUUUCUUCACUAAAAAAAUUUUAUAUUCUAGAACUUGUACAUUCUUUCCCUUUUUUUGUUUUUUCCUCUUUUUGGUGGGCUAAGGAAGGAGCAGGCAGCAUGAAGCUGGCCACUGAAAAUUAUAAGAUGGUCAAAAGCUGACAGCCUGUAAACAUGAAAAGGGAAUUAUAAAUGGACAAUUUAAUGUACACUGUAAUUUGAAUAUGAUUACUGUACCUAAAAUGAGCUGCUAUGAAGUACCUUCCUUAUGUUGCUAGGCUACUGUUUCUGAAAGCCCUAGACCUCUUUGCAGGGGUCUGUGAUUAGGACUCUAGCACCAAAAAUGGUCCAGAGACUUUUUUUUUAAGGAUCUUGGCUGCUUUUUACUAGAAGGUUCCUUUUAUGAGCAUAUUUAUACUACAGAAGGAUAAGUGUUAAUUUUAACCAACUUUGCCAUUUUGUAGAAAAAAGUUAAAAGACAUUCACAUUAUUAAUCAAGUCUUGUCACCUGUCAUGCAUGAAUAUUUUAAUACCCACUUGGAUAGCCAGAAGUAGAAUCAUCAAGGUAAAAUAUGAGUUGUCACUUUUUUCCUUAAGAAAUGUUGUAUUUUAUUUGUAAUAUAUAUGUAAAUGGCCAUUCUUAAGUUUUCUCCAUAAACUUAAGGCUGUCAAGUGUUGGAUGUGUGCAUGUAAACCUGUUGCACAUCAGAAAAACAUAUUCAGAGUUUAUCUAUGUAACUUAUUCACUCUGUAAAUACAUUUAAAGUUUUUGUGA